CUUUGAAUUUUAAAACCACGCUCCCCGUCCAGCAGCUCGCUCACUCUCCGGUCGAUCGCUCUCUCGCCAGGCCGAGCCACACCGCCACUUGCCACGAUAUUUCCUCGCUCGCCCGCUCCUUCCACCGAUCGCCUGCACCACAAGCCGGCCGGCCGGCAGCGCGCUCGGUCUCCCAUGCGCUGCCUUUGACCACCAGAGCUCCACAAGUCCGCACCCCGCACAUGGCGUGAGAGGGUGGGCUAGCUGCUACUAGCUGAUAAGUCCAAGAAGUCCAAGCUCGUGCACGUCGAGGCUUGCGUGCGUGCGUGCCUGCAGAGUUCGCGGGGAGAAGAAGGAGAGAACCGAUGGCCGCGCAGGAGGGCGCCGCGGGGACGACGAACCAGGUGGAGAGGGUGCGGUACGGCGACGUCGACGACAGCAACUUCGCGCUGCGCGGCCGCGCGGUGCCGCUGCUGGCCGGCCUGCUCGCCCUCCUCGUCGCCUUCGUCGCCGUCUGCCUCUACCUCCGCUGGGCGUGCGGCCGCCGCCGCGCCCGCCGCGACGCCGACCGCGAGGCCUCGUCCUCGUCCGCCGCGGCGUCGCCCGUGCCCGGCCUCGACGCCGACGCCAUCAAUGGGCUGCCAGUCACGCUCUACAGCCCGCCCGCCUCCUCGCCGGCGCGCUCCCCUUCCCGGCACAAGGGCGACGGCGGAGACGAGGAGCAGGCGGCGGCUGUGGAGUGCUCGAUCUGCAUCAGCGCGCUGGUGGCCGGGGACAAGGUGAAGGCGCUCCCUCCCUGCGGCCACUGCUUCCACCCGGAGUGCGUCGACGCCUGGCUCCGCUCCCAGCCCAGCUGCCCGCUCUGCCGCACGCUCCUCCUCCCCGCCGCCGCCGUCGCCAAGCCGGUCGACGUUGUCAACGGAGGCGACCCGCCGCCGGUGUGACUCGUGAGCCACAAGACAACGCGCUCGCACUCGCACGCCAACUCACGGAAGCAUGACAAGCAGGCCCCACCUGUAAGCCGCUUACUGCUACCUUCACCGCAAGAAAGCCCGUACGUCCCGGUUUAACAAGAGAGCCAAAUGACCAAUGUGGCUGCCGUACCUGUCCCCGGCGAGGCGCGUCAUCGCCGGCCGGAAAGGCAGGGCCGGCUCUGCCAUGGCACCACGGGAGCCGUUCUUUCGCGGGCCGGCCGGCGUGGGGUCGCGUCGUCUCUCCGGCCACUUUUCUACCUUAAAUUUUCCGUUCAAGCCCCCAAAGGGAAGGACAGCGGUGUAGGCUGUACAUUAAACUAUCUAUCGCCAAGAGUAUUGUAGCACCGUCACUGCGUACGCGGUGGCAGCUCAGUGGUGCCCGGGCUAAUGGCAUCUCGAUGUGUACGUAGUUUAACAGCACUGAUCGCCUUUAAUUUAAGUCCCAGGAUC